AUGCCUGAUUUUUCCGUCUACGUUACAAUUAUCAACAACACCAACGAAGCCCUGCAUAAGGACUCUACUCAUGCUGACUGGGGGACAUGGCUCAAUGUCCCGAGUGAAAUCCAACCACUCACGACGUCCAACAAGUUUCAAAUCAAAGACUCUACCGGCCCUGCCGGAACCGAAGGGACCUUCAGAUUCUUGGUUGGUAACGCUCAAGAGACGGUCACCACCUACCUGUCGGCCUAUCAAACAUGUCCGUGGGGCGCUUAUAAUAACGAAUUCAGCCCCGGAAAUACGAAUCCCAAGGCGGUUUAUACCACCUCUUUUCGAGCCUCAGUCGAUGGUGGUAGCUGGACCGACAACAGGGUUAACACAUCAGGGCAUCCAGUGACAGUGGAGUUCACUAUCGAUUACCAGAAGAGCAAGCGUUAUCGGUUCCAGGUCGUGCAAAUCAACGCACGUUCAGACCACCCCGUUCGUAACUCUCGCGAUGAACUUAUCAUCGGGGACCACGUACUUUGGAACCGCUCCGAUCCCUCCGCCUGGGUUGAUGGUAAGAAGGGCUCAUUUCAGCCAAACGUCUUCAAAUACGACUUCGUCUCCCAAGUCGCCGCAACGUCUUCCCUCACGGUGAAGAUUCAACCUCUGGACAUCGAGCUCAUUGGAGCUGAAUGUUUAAUAUAUGGCAUGGUCGGCAACGACCGGGUCUUUCAGAGCGAUUAUUUCUUCAUCAAAUCGCUUAACCCGGUCGAUGUGACCACAUCUGUCAUCAAUCCCAAGACGAGUUCGAAGCCGUUCGUGUGGAAUGCCGAUGUAGAGUGGGGGAUGGAACUGAGGCUUUCACACAUUGGUGUCGAAUGUGUGGAACCGAAGAUAUCGCGGUUAGAGCUUUACUGGAUUGCUCAGACCUUGCAUCGUGGUUUCCAAAACAGAGGAAUUCCCGUUGGAUUCUUGCGCAAUGUCCUGAAGUCGGAUCAGUCAUCAACUUCCAACGUCGCAGCUUUCAACUCGACGUCGUCGGAAUGGAACCAGCAGAUGACCCAAGGGGUAUUCGGGAGCAUGAACAAGAUAUAUGACACAAUCUCCGGUGCCGCAGCCUUUGGAGUGGGCGCUUGGGGAGGAAUAUUCAAUCAAUCAUACUAUCUCGCACCGGAUGAAUCGGGUACAGAAGGGAUGCUCUAUCGACACGUCAACUGCAUGGACCAGUGCGCUAUGCUUGAACUAUCCUGCAGCCUUCAAGAUGGUGUCCGUUCAACUAGCUGGCUGGUGCAGCAGCCUUUCGGGUACAUAAAUGACACACAUCUCGUUGGAGUCGUCAACCAGCAGAACCAACUCAUCCCAGUCAACAACCCAUUCUUUGGUACGGACCAAUCCCGGAGCCAUGUCGAUAUCAAUGACCCCGCACGAACCUCCUUCGGCUGUCAUGUAUAUAAUGGCCACUCACGACCUUUUGUUCUGGCUAGCGAUGGCAUAUAUGACGCCUGUGGGGGUCCACACAUAGGCAAUGAAGUUGCCGCUGACUAUUUGGCCAGCAGCAUCGACACCCAGACGACGUUAUACAUACACGGCCUCCAGCCCGGUACCGUUAACAACAUCGCAGUGGGUGAUGGCGUUACUGGUACAGAUGGACAUCACUGGGUGCCUCCGGUGGCUUCGGAAGGCUUUACCGAACUUUCUCGCAAUGCAGUUUCGAACAUCCUCAGCCCGUUGACCACUGAGACCCCCAACUCCGUGUCGCAUAUCAAUUGGGCGCAUGUUCCCGAGUGGAUCAAUGAUGUGCUGGAUGAAGACUGGGGCGUGAAGUUUGGGCGAGUCAGUGUGGGGGACUCGACUACGCAUGCAUUCUGGCAUCUAGGACACGACAAAGCGGAGGAAGGGUCCCCGCUGAGGGUGAACGUCCACGUCGAGUCGGUGGUAAACCUCUCUGGGGCCUUGGACACUGCAGGUUCUGAACAGGCUGCGCGAGACCGUCUCGGGACUAUCCUCACCAGCACAGACCGUGAUCCCGAAGCGCUGUGGGUUCGCGGAACACUCGACGAGUUUGGUCAGUAUUCCCUGCAGUACGCGAGUGAUGUUGCUGCGGGACGUGUUGUCGUCGUUGCCGGGAAUGCCAUUGUAGACAUCAGCGGGAUGUCGUCAAGUGCGGCGUUGGAGGACUAUGCUCGCAAACUCCUGGGGCAUACGGUUCGCAGGGACGGCCCUCCUUUGACUAUGCCUGCUAUCAAGCGUGGUCCGGUGAGGACCACGGGAAAUCAAGAAUCGAUGCUUCUCGAUGACAACACUGGUAGAACGACCGUUCAGGGGGUCGAUACCCGGUUUUCGCUCUACUUUGAGCUCGACAAAGGCGUUGCAGCUGCCAGUGCUACUCCCGAAGGAACUGGUAUUCUUUUUGACAAAUAUGUGAUUGAGGAAGGUCUAGAUGGUGCUGUGGCCGUUGAUUUCAUGUUUGUGGCGCACGAGUUGGGAGCCCAUACUGUCAAGGUGCACUUUACGGACAUGGAGACGAUGGUUUCGGUUUCAAAGACCAUUGAAGUCGAUGUUGUCUGA